AUGAGUGAAGCGAUGGCUUAAAGUUUCUUAGUAACACAAUUUUGCUUAAAUCACCCUAACGAAUAACUGACUAAUUUUUGUCAAACAGCAGAUUGUUUAAAGGCAUUGUGUGCAGAAUGUAUUGAAUCGCAUAAAAAAUAUCAUAAUUAAUUGUCUACUGAUGCGGAUAUUGAAAGCUUUGUAAAUGUGAAAUAGUAAUGCUAAAAAAAAAUAAAAUCAGGCUUGGUAGAAAUGUAAAAGAUUUAAACCAUGGUUAACUAAUAUGGGCAAACUGAAUACGAAGAUUAGACAAUAAAAGAUAUAAAAAAGGCCAAAGAAAAUGUAAUAAAUUUAGUUAAUCAAUACUUUAUAUUAUUGGAGGAUCAAUAUAAGCAAUACUUAGAAUCAUAGACUAACUCCUAAUAAAUUUUCAUUCAGCAAUAGGAGAAUGUUUAGAAUUUUAUAAAUGAAUUAGAGAAUUUAUACGUUGGAUUGGAAAAAUGUUUGCAGUUUGGACAUAAAAAAAAAUUAGCUUAAAUUUAAGAAGGUUAUGAAAAAUUUAUAAAAUUUGCAAUAAAAACCAAUCCAUCUAUGAUCAAGGUUAAUUAAACUAAUUUACAACAUAUUUAAUAAGCUUUGUAUAAUUAUGUAUAAAUUGACUUUAUUCCAUUGUAAACUAAUUUGUUAUUGAAUACUAGUUAGAUAUCAUAAAUUAUUUAAGAAACAUAUCUUUAACAAAAUGAAUUCUUUAGAAAUAAAUAUAAAUUAUUGCACUUUUUUGAGACUGGAAAAUCAGUGCUUUGGUUAUUUGAUUUGAGCUUACCUGAUUAAGUGUGGAGGCCUGUUUAAAUAUCAAAUUAUGUUGAAGUGUUACCAUUUUCAAAAUCAUUAAUAACUCCCGAUGGACAGAUUUACUUAACAGGAGGGUCUUUGCCAAAUAAGAAGAAGAGCAAUACAAUUUAUCAAUUCAAUUUUUCUAAUUAUCAAUUAUAAGAAAUCGGAUAAAUGAAUAGUGGUAGAAGUUCACAUGGUUUAAUUUGGAAAGAAAAUCAACUUUUUAUUAUCGGUGGAUAUUUAGAUAACUUGUAAAUAACAAAUUAAUGCGAAUCCUUUGAUUGUCUAAACAAAAGAGUAAUAAAAUUACCAAAUUUAAGUUAUGCUCUAGGGUCUCCUAGUGUUAGUAUAUUUAAUGAUACAGUUACAGUUGUUGGUGGAAUAAUGCAAAACAUGUAGAUUAAUUAAUAGAUUGAAUUUUUACAGAAGGACACUUGGGUAUCUUGCAGUGUGACAUCAUAAUUGACUUCUAUGGCUUCAAUGAUGUGUUCAAUUCAAAUAGAAUAAAAUUAAUUAAUGAUAUUUGGUGGAUAUUUAGAAAAUAAUAAAGGCUCAAAAGAAUGCACUGUUUUAGAGAUUAAUGACAGGACAGCAAAAGUAGUUCAAACCAAAUAGCUUCCUUAAGCUGAAGGAUUCUGGAAUAAUGUGCCAAUCAUUCAUCAAGGAAGGGUUUUGGCUUUACAGAAUGUGGUGUUGGAUAAUCAAGGCAAUUGUGCUUAUGAUCAAAGAAGAAUCAUAAUUUUUGAUGGAACAUUUUGGAAGUAUAAUGAUUUAAAAUGA